AUGCAGUUCGAGUCGGACUUCCGAUUCGACAUGGACGACAACUUUAGCAUCUACUCGCAGGCCCUGACCUGCCCGUCCACCGGCACCAGCUUUUCCUCGGCCUCGUCCGCCUGCGAGCCUUAUACGCCUACUUCUCGACGAUCUACGCCCCAUGAGCUGACUCUGGACUUUGAUGCUUCCUUUGCUGCCGUCCACCAGGCCGGAGAGCUGACGCCGCCUUCUACCGCCACCAUGCCCAAGUUCAUGUUUGGCUGUGGCAAGCCCGAGCCUGACCACAUGGGAUAUGCCGAUGUCUUGCCUUCGACGCCCGUCCGCAAGAUUGAGCACCUGCACACAGACUAUGAAUUCAUGCCCGGCAUGAACAUGCCUUCACACCAGUCCAUGGGCUCCUUGACUCCUUCCAACUCCUUCAACAUGUACACUAUCUCGCCUCAGGCGGCCAUGGGCCCCGGCUCGUUCAUGAUGACGCCCACACACAGCCUCUCGGGCUCGGACAUUGGCGACAGCUCCUCAUCCUGGUCGUGUGCCAACGACAGCCCCAUUGCUCUGUUCCCUCAUCAAAGGACCCUCCCCUCUCACAGCCUCGAGUCCCUCGACCUUGAGCGCCACUCACAGUCGCCCAUUGGCCGCUUCUACCUACAGGGUGCUCCUCCUUCCCCCAGCCGGCUCCGUGCUCACCGCAAGAUGAUGGUGCACGAGAUUCAGCGCAAGACGUCGGAGCUGCAGUGUGCACAGAUUCGUGCCUCAAGAAAGAUGGCGGAAAAGGACGGUAACGGUGUCGACGUGGUCCGCAGAGCCAUGUGCAAGUGCGACUACCCCGGGUGCAACAAGGCGUUUCGCCGCAACGAGCACCUAAAGAGACACAAGCAGACUUUUCACGGCGAGGGACCCAACCGUUUCUCGUGCGAGUUUUGCGGAAAGGACCAGUUCAACAGACAAGACAACCUCAACAACCACCGCAAGCUGCACGCGCGCCCCAACAGCCGCAACCGCGGUGUGGAAUUCAUCCCGGCGGCCGUUGCCAUUAUCGAGCAGGAAGAGCGCAGCCGAAAGCGCAGAGCCCCGCCCAAGGCCAAGAUGAUGGCGGAGAAGCACGACGAUUACUGA